AAUACAUCGAGGAUUCAUUCGUUAAAUGGCUAUUCCAAAAUACAUCUUAUGUAUGUGUUAAGUUUAGAGGCGUGCCAGAGAGCCGACGACUCCAAUCUCCGAAUUGUUGAGCUUUGUUUUACCUAACGAUGUACUUUAUUUUUGUGAGUGGAUCGUGUCUACCAAGUACUUAUUCGAAACGUUGACAGGUAUCUAAACGCAGGGGUAGAAUAAGAGGCAAACAUGAGUUUGCAGUGGACGCUCAUAGCUGGUUUCCUCUAUAUUGAAGUUGCGAUUGUCCUCCUCCUGGUGCUUCCAGUAGCCUCACCGACCAGAUGGCAAAAGUUCUUCAAAUCUCGGUUUUUGCAAAGCUUAAAUAAUCAAGCUUCUAUUUAUUUUGUGGUCUUGCUGGGUGUUCUGGUUCUCUUUCUAUUGGAUGCCAUACGAGAGAUGCGGAAAUACUCCACAAGCUUAGAUCACACAGAUCAUCAUCAGUUGAAUGUUGAAAUGCAAGAAAAUAUGAGAUUGUUUCGCGCACAGAGGAACUUCUACAUAUCCGGCUUUGCGCUGUUUCUGAGUUUGGUGAUACGUCGUCUUGUCAUCCUGAUAUCUACUCAAGCUUCUUUACUCGCACAAAACGAGGCAGCCAUGCGACAGGCUCAGUCGGCAACGACCACAGCCAGAAGCUUGUUGUCUCAGAGAACAAUUGGAGAAAGUGCGCAGAAUGAUUCCAACGAGGCACACGAUAAAGCUGUCUCGGAAUUGAAAACUCAAAUUAAGGAGUUGCAAGCGAAGAAUCAGGAGCUCGAGAGUAAUUUGACUAAAGAAAGGAAGGAUAAAGAAGCGAUAAAAUCGCAGGCGGAAUCACUCACGAAGGAAUACGAUCGUUUGACUAAGGAAUAUACAAAACUAACGCAAUCGAGUGGUGAUAAGAAAACUGAUUAAAUAAUUAAGGUUUACUCGUUUU